UACUCAGUAUAUUGCACAUCCCUAACGAAGAACUUACACCAGUAGAAACACCAUGGCAGACAAAUCCAAAACAGAGCGUCCAUCAUGGAACAAAGAAGAAUACGCCACAAAAGCUAAAGAGAAAGACAAGGAAGCCUACGAACACGCCAAAGCAACCGAAGAAUCUCUCGCCAAAGGCCAUGCACCAAAGAAACAAUCUCAGUACGAUGAUCUGCCCAAACCUACAGAACUCCUCAAGGCGAGGACAGAGGAUCUGGGAUUGACGAAGAAUUUGAAUAAGACCAUGUUGGUUACGACGACUACGACAGGUAAAGGACCGAGAGGUGCUGGAUUUUAUUGUGAACUUUGCAAUCGAACUUUUAAAGACAGUCUUGCAUACCUAGACCACAUUAAUGGCCGUCUCCAUCUUCUCAAACUCGGUCAAUCAACCCACGUCGAACGCUCCACCCUCUCCCAAGUCCGCGCCAAAAUCGCUUCCCUCCGCGCUGCCACCCACCAGAAAGUAACCGCCCAGAAUUUCGAUUUUCAGUCCCGCCUGAAAGCCGUAAAGAAUGCGCAGGAGGCCGAAAGAGAGAGGAGGAAAGAUGAGAGGAGGAGGAAGAAGAUGGAGAGGGAAAAGAGAGAGGAAAGGAGAAGGAUGGGGAUUUUAGAUGACGAUGAAGGCAAUAGAGAUGAAAGCGGGGAGAAGAUGGAUGUGGACGGGGCAGAGAAGGAUGUGAAGGAUGGCAAGAAAGACAAGAGACAAGAGCGGAAAGAAAAGAGGGAACAGCAAGUAAAGGACCAACAACGAGAUAGAGAGGUCGAGAAGGCAAUUAGAGAGAAUGAGGAUAUGUCGACUAUGAUGGGUUUCGGCGGUUUCGGUACGUCAAAACGAAAGUAGACUACUUUUGCCCGUUACCUUGGUGGCCUAUCUGUUUCUUGUCCUUCGCUUUCGGGACCAGGAUCGAAAGACUGGAUGUUCUUUUUAAGAGCUGGGCGCUGUCCUUCCACAUGCACAAGCAAAGCAGGGACAGGAGAAGUAGUGUGCAAAGAUUAGAAAAUCAAAAAUCAGAAAGAAACUAAGUUAUGUGGGACAGCAUCUGUUGUACUCUAUUACACUUUGCGUUAAGUAGGAAGCUCGAAGUAUUGUGCUCUACAUCUAGGUAAUCAAGGUAACUUUCAAGCCACAAAAAUGCAUUUUUCCAUUCC